AGGACCCUCACGAGGAGAGGACAUAUGGACCUACAUUAAGCUAUUUACUUAUUUUCGGGUGGAUGAGGGCUAUGGGAGAAUGUAGCGAUAACAUCUUAUUAUGUGAGUUACGGGUCUCCUACACCAGCUGGUUCAAAAAGGGAAAAAAAGAAGAUCUUUUUCUGCCUUAGUUAUGGCCAAGACAGCAACUCGGACCGUACUCCUCCUGUUGAGUGUAUGUGUUUGCAUCUCAGGCCUCCAACAGUCUGCUCCAAGGGUACGGCUGUCCUUCAAAGAGUUGUUGGACACCAGAGCAGCGCGGCCCUUCUCCUUCUCCUUCAACACCAGUGACUACCGCAUCCUGCUGAUGGAUCAGGACCAGGGCCGUCUCUACCUGGGCAGCAGGGAGUACCUGGUGGCCCUGGACAUGCACAACGUCAACAAGGAGCCACUCAUUAUCCAUUGGCCAGCCUCUGACAAGAGAAAAGGGGAGUGUCGGAUGACAGGAAAAGGAGGACAGGGUGAGUGUGCAAAUUUUGUGCGUAUGAUAGAGCCAUGGAACCGCACCCACCUGUACACCUGUGGGACCGGAGCCUACCAACCCAUCUGCACCUUCAUCAACAGAGGCUGGAAGGCAGAGGAUUAUGUGUUCAGACUGGUUCCUGGAUUUCUAGAAUCAGGGAAGGGCAAAUGUUCCUAUGAUCCUUUCCAGGAGAACAUUGCUGCUCUUAUCAAUGGGAAUCUGUAUGCAGGUGUUCAUGUAGACUUCAUGGGGACAGACCCAGCCCUCUUCAGGACCAUGGGGGGCAGAACAGCAGUCAGGACAGAGCAGUAUGACUCCAGGUGGCUCAAUGAGCCUGUGUUUAUUCAGAUUCAACAGAUACCUGACAGUGCAGAGAGGAAUGAUGACAAACUCUACUUCUUCUUCCGGGAGAAGAGUUUGGAUGCAGGGGGAGGGUCCAGCCCCAGUGUCCUGGCCAGAGUGGGACGAGUGUGUCUGGAUGACAAAGGGGGUCAGAAGUCCCUGGUCAACAGAUGGACCAGCUUCCUGAAAGCCCGCCUCAUCUGCUCUGUGAUCGGAGAGGAUGGGGUGGAGACCUCAUUUGAUGAACUGAGGGAUGUUUUCAUCCAGCCCACGCAAGAUGAACGCAACCCUGUGAUCUAUGCCCUGUUCACUACUGCUGGCUCUGUGUUCAAGGGUUCAGCAGUCUGCGUGUACUCCAUGGCUGACAUCCGCAACGUCUUCAAUGGACCCUUCUCCCACAAACAUGGUCAUAACUACCAGUGGACAGUUUACACGGGCAAGAUUCCCUACCCUCGCCCUGGCACAUGUCCAGGAGGAACAUUUACUCCAGGUAUUCGUACCUCUAAGGACUUCUCAGACGAGGCAGUGAACUUUAUGCGAGCCCAUCCCCUCAUGUACCACCCUGUGUACCCUAUCCACCGUCGCCCCCUGGUGGUGAGGACUGGUGUGGACUACCGCUUCACAGCCCUGGUGGUGGACCAGGUGGACGCCGUAGACGGCCGAUACGAGGUGCUCUUCCUGGGCACAGAUCGUGGCACUGUCCAAAAGGUCAUAGUUUUACCUAAGGACCCGAGCACCAUGGAGGAGCUCACCCUGGAGGAAGUGGAGGUUUUCAGGACACAUGCUGCUGUCAAAACAAUGAAGAUAUCAUCUAAAAGGCAACAGCUGUAUGUGUCAUCAGAGGCGGGGCUAACUCAGGUGUCUCUCCACCGCUGUGGGGUGUACGGGAGGGCCUGCUCCGACUGCUGUCUGGCACGGGACCCUUACUGCGCCUGGGAUGGGGAGAGCUGCUCCGCUUUCACCCCCGCCACCAAGAGGAGGAGCCGAAGGCAGGAUGUGAAACAUGGGGAUCCACUGCGACAGUGCAGGGGCUUCAAUGCCAAAGUGGAAAAGCGUCUGAGAGAGACAGUCCAAUUUGGUGUGGAGGGGAGCAGUACAUUUCUGGAGUGUCAGUCUCGUUCUCCUCAGGCCACAGUCAAGUGGCUCUAUCAAAGGGGAGGAAGAAGGAAAGUGCUCAACCGGGACAGAGAGUAUCUGAAGACACCCCAGGGAAUCCUUCUGAAGUCUCUCAGCCAAUCAGACGCCGGUCUGUACCAUUGCCUGUCCACGGAGAACAACUUCAAACACACGGUGGCCCGUGUGGCGCUGCGCAUCCUGGACCGAGACAUCGUGGUGGCCCUCACCUCCCCUGACGAUGACCCCAUGACCUCCAACAGCCCUCCCAAUGGGCGGGGGGGGCAACAUGACGCUCAGCAGCUGAAGCACCCCCCAACCCUCCCUCUCACAGACACCACAUCCCAGCCAGAAAUCAAGUUGAUCCACCAGUACUGUCAGUCUUACUGGGAGCAGCUAGGGCACAAGCAGCAGAAGCCCAAACGCACCUCCAGGAGACACACAGAGAGCCAGGAAACCCAAGGCAGAUAGUGGACUGGACUUCUCCAACACUAGCCAGCCAGGAGACACACAGAGAGCCAGGAGACACACGGCAGAUAGAGGACUGGACUUCUCCAACACUAGCCAGCCAGGAGACUCCAUAUGAUAGACUAGAGAUCCAUGUUUGACACCAAACAUGAGCUUCGUCUCCCUUUGUAUGGUGGUGGUGACACCCUCACACAACCCAGUAUCUCAGUAUAGAAAUGUAAUAUAUUGAUAUGUGUAUAUAUCAUAUGAUAAUAAUAGAUCCGUGGUUUAUUCAUGUAUAAUAAUUCAAAAGCGUUUGUCUUUGCAUUCUUUAUUCAGUUUGGAAAUGUGUACAUCUUAUUGUUCAACGUUGAGAGAUAGUAAUUGUAUGGUAUGAUGCAUGUAUUUGUCUACUAAAACCAUUUGUGAUGUCGUAAUUGUGGUGACUCUUGCGCUCUCUAACGCCUUUGUGACCUAUGUUUGUUUAUAUUUGCACAAAACACACAAUAUCUGCAUGUAGAACAUUAAGACGGGAAAUCAUAUGUGUGCAUAAUAUUAGUUAUAAUACUACAUUCCAGUAAUAUCAAAUAUUUGAAUGGGAACAAGUAGAAAGAAGACUGUGUGUAGAAGACCUCACCAUCUUUUAUAAUGAUAUUGAGCAACAUACUGUAAUGUAAUGUACAUACUCAGCAUGAGUCCUACACUGGAAACGUUCAAACGACAGAUAUAAAAAGAUAUAUUAUCCCAUCUAA